AUGGCUGAAUCCGACGCGAAAGCGUCGCCAGCGCCAAAUCCAGCGCAAAAUGCUGCGAAGCCACCAAAGCCUCCGAAUCCUGUGUGGAGGAUGAUGGGUCUUCCCAAUUUCCGAUGGAGACUUCCCUCGCGAAACUGGAUGAUAUUUCUCUCCAUUACCGGCUCGUGGACCGCCGCUGUUGUCUAUGACCGUCGCGAAAAGAAGCGCAUACAACAAAAAUGGACAAAAGCCGUCGAACACAUCGCGAAAGAACCUGUGUACGAGCGUCAGAUGCCGCGUAAGCUCACUGUUUACCUGUCUGCGCCGCCGGCAGAUGGACUUGUAGCAGCGCGCGACCAUUUCAACGAAUACGUCAAGCCGAUACUGGUUGCUGCGGCACUGGAUUGGGAUGCGGUGGAGGGAAGAAGAGAGGGCGAUGUCAGGGCAGGGUUGGCAGAAAGGAUACGCAGGUUGAGGUGGAAGAGAGGAGAAAGCUUGAAGGAAGAGCCUGAAAUCGACACAAAAGACAUCAUAGAAGAUCUGAGACAGAGGGCCGGUGUGCCAGAAUGGGACGGACCGGCAGGCGAUAUAGUAAUUGGGAGACAUACCUGGAAGGAGUAUGUUAGAGGUAUGCAUGAGGGAUGGCUGGGGCCUUUGGACCCUCCACCUUCUGUAGACCUGUACGAACCCGCACCCCCUGCGCCUGAAGCUCCACCAGCUUCCGCACCAGCAACAACUCCUGAACAGCCUACGGAAUCAGCGCCGACCGACGACGCUGCCCCUACAACCGUUCACGAUUCAUCACCGCCCUCUGAAGCCGAAAAGCCCAAAGAAGAAGAGACGAAGCCGAAGAAGAAGAGACAGAUACCACCUUUCAACACAACCGCCGAAUACUCACAAGCACAACUUCCGUCUACGUGCCCACAAGCCCUCGGCCCGUCCACCACCGUCGCGCUCCCGCACCUUCUCGGUUUCUUCAACUUCCCAAUUCGCAUGUAUCGCUUCCUUAACCGGCGGAAGGUUGCAGACGAAGCGGGCCGACAAACUGUUGCCGCUGUGCUUGGCGCAUACAGACCAUACCACACUUCUUCCGAGCUAGCUAGCCUGGACAAUGACGAAGGGUCGCAGUGGGAACAGCAGCGGCUGCUCACGCAUGAAGAGCCGGAGUGGCACAAGACGGCAAAGGAGAGGAAAGAUGACGACGGAGAGAGGGUCUGGUUAGACGACAUGGUCAUCGAUCCAAGAAUCGGAGAACGGAUGAGGAAGUUCGAACUCACUCCAGAAGAAGAAGAGAGAGCGAACAGCAUGCCUAUUGGUAAGGAAGGGGCAUCUUGGUUUACCGGGCUGUGGCCGAAAAAGGAGAAACAGCUGUGGGAGGGGUUGGAGGAGGACUCGGAGUAG